CAUAACUUUUCAGUUUUUUAUUUUCUUUUCCCUCACAACUACGUUUUCUCUAGAUCCAACCACUUCCAUUGCCACCGCCAAUUGCUUCUUCUUUAUUUUGCUUCAAUUUUGCUCCAAAAUCCAACACUGUGUUAGAUCUCCCCACUCUUUUCUCUAUGCCAUUCCCCCAGCUGGGAAGGGUGUACCGGAAUCAGAGUGUAGCUGUGGGGUGUGGGAUUAUUAGGAGUCUUGUAGACCUGUUGGAUUUUUCAGGAUGGGAAAGUGCAAGGGUUGUGGGAAGUUAGGGAGAAUGGGGCCAACGGAUGGAUCAAUGAGUGCUUAUGAAUUUUCUUUGAUGUUGUCGCCUGUUGUUUCUUUUUGGGAUUGUAUAGUCCGCAAAAUGAGGUACUCCUACAGACCUGAGUGGGUGUAGUGGUUAGAACGCAUCAUUAGUUCUAGUCUUGAUACUUCAACCAAAUAGAGUAUAUUAGCAUAACUAAUUAGGGAAAGAGGAGAGUAAUUAUAUAAAAUAAAAAAUGUAUACAGCUCUAAAGAAAUUCUCUUGAAGGAUAGUUCACAGAAGUUAUUUUAAGUAUUUAUUAUGGAUAACAUGGUAUGUAAUAAAGGGCAACAUGUGAGGAAGGCUAAGAAGAAGCAGGUGAAAGAUGAGUUGGAUCGUCUGAAACAGGCUGAAAAGAAAAAGAGGCGCUUGGAGAAAGCUCUGGCUACUUCUGCUGCCAUCAUUUCUGAACUGGAGAAAAAGAAGCAGAAAAAGAAAGAGGAGCAACAGAGACUUGAUGAAGAGGGUGCCGCAAUUGCUGAAGCGGUGGCUCUGCACGUUCUACUUGGCGAAGACUCGGACGAAUCUUGUAAGGUUGUUAUAAAUGACAGUGGAUGCAAGACCUGGAAUUAUAAUCACCAGCUUGACCUCUUCAUGGGUGGGAGAAGAGCUUGUUUUCCUCAUCUAGAUGGUGGCACAUGGUCUGUCUCUGCUGAAAAUGGCAAGUGGUCUUUCAGAUCUGAGCCUCUCGAAAAGAAUGUGUAUGAACCCUUAUAUGAAGAAGCAGAAUGGGGUCCUGCUGGAUUCUCUGUUGAUCUUAUAGCAGCACAAGCAGUUAGAUCACUUCAGAUUGCAGAAGAUGCUGAUGAGGCAAGGAUUCUCUUCUAAUCGAAAGCUGAAAUGAUAUUGUUUGUCUUUGCUGGUCUCUAGAUGAAGUCUUAAUCUUCUCUUAUAUUACUGAAGGUUGUCUUCUGUAUAUUACUAUAUAGUAUGUGCUUGUCAACUACAUUCUGCUUCAGUUGUGACUGAACUUGUUUCUGUGUCAUCAUGUUUUCUUUUGAUUUUCAUUAACUGCAUAUGCAAGGCUGCUAAUUUUCUAUGUGGAGUGACUUUUUUAUACUCGAGUGUUGUAGAGAUCUAUACUUUUCCGAGUUGAUUAGCAAUAAUAUAAAUGCUCGAGUUGACUCAUAAUUUA